AUGCCAUCACAUGCCCCUUACAACUCGCCGCCAAAGAGCGAGCCCAGUCCUGAUUCCGCCGGUGGUAUGGCCAAGUCACUUUCGGCUUCGCUUUCCCCAGACGGCCACAGCGGCAAAGGUGCGAAUCGCAAGCGCAAGUCUUCUACCGACGACGAGGACGAAGACGAAGAGGACGAGUUUGGCAACCACCAGCCGGUCAAGAAGACGGCGCACAACAUGAUUGAGAAACGGUACCGGACAAACCUGAACGACAAGAUUGCAGCUCUGCGAGACAGCGUCCCCAGUCUGCGAAUCAUGUCGAAGAGUGCCAGAGGCGAGGACACCACGGAAGACCGGGAGGAAUUGCAAGGCUUGACACCAGCGCACAAGCUCAACAAGGCAACUGUUUUGAGCAAGGCAACCGAGUACAUUCGCCACCUGGAGAAGCGCAAUGCCAGGCUUCUGGAAGAAAACAUGGCCAUGCAGCAACGCAUAUCUGCAUUCGAAAAGCUCUUCAUGGCAGGCGCCAUGAACGGCAAUAUCAGCCCGAUGCAACACCAGCAGCCACCAUUGACUCCAGUGCAGUAUCCACAGGAAACCAAUGGCUUUGUCGUGUCCCCGUCCAGGACGCCCGCCCCCAGCCACCAAGACACACAAGGCAUGAUACCCGUGCCUGAUGAUAUGAAGCGGAUCAUUGCAGCUCAGAUUGCGGCUGGGCACCCAUACCCGGUGCCCCAACAGCAAUAUCGGCCCAACCCCACCGUCAUGCGCCAACAGCAGAUUCAGCAGCAGCAACAUCAGCAAAUGCAGAUGGGUGGCUGGCAGAACGCUGGCCCUUACUUUGGAAAGCUCAUGGUCGGCUCCUUGGCUGGCCUCAUGCUGAUGGAAGCGGUACGGGAGAACGAGCAAAGCAACGAGACACCGGAAGGUCGUGGCUUGUUCGCCUUGCCCAUUCAUCUCUUGCGCUUCUUGACAUCUUCACUCAAUAUCGAUUUCAUGGGCUACCACGUGGCGGGAUCCUCGAUUCUACAUGCCAUCAAGGUUGCUCUUCUUCUCUGCUGCGUAUGGUGGGCAGUCAUGCCCUCUAUUCUUGCACCCAAAUCGGCCAAAGCGUCCUCCGGCAAGCAGCGGCAAACGUCGCUGGAGGCCGUCAAACUUGCUUCCCCGAUCCAUGUCCGCCGACAAGCCUGGCUCACAGCUAUACAGACCGUCUGGGUGCCCCGACACAACUUCUUCUUGGAAGCCACUGCUCUCGGACUCAAGACUGUCAAAUUGAGUCUUCGGAAUCUUGUUGGUAUCCACGGCUACAAAAUGUUGACUGGUCUAACACAAGACCAAGAAGUUGCCCGAGUUCAGGCUUGGUCUAUUGCUCUGGACGCUCAACUCGCCGGCGGUGACGACGAGAUCAGCAAAGGCCGGCUGACACUGACUUUACUCGCAUCAGGCACGCUUCCCUCUACGCCCUUACGUCUCAUGUUGAAGGCCCUGCAUAUCAGAGUCUUGCUUUGGGAGAUUGGUCUGUCUGGUGUUCACAUCGGGUUCGUUGACACAAUCGCAAUCAAGCUGGCCCGGGCGCAGUGGAACAAGGCGAAGCAACUCCACCGCAUGAUCGUCCAAAUGCGUCGCAAUGGGCAAGAGUCCCCCGAGGAAGAGCUGCCCGACCAUCUUGCCGCACUUCUCGAGCAGGAUUGCGACGAUGUACUGAACCCAACCAUUAUCCAGCGUGCACACAACUUGGCCUGGAACCGGCCGACUGAGCACGAGGCCAUCGGAGUGACGGACGGCAUGGACACAAUUGUCGAGGACAUUGCUGUGCGAUCGCCCAUGGAGGCCAUUGCUGCUUGGUGGUCCACAGUGACGCUCCACGGCGCUCUGGCGGACGUCCUCCUUGAGACUGGAGAAGGUGCCUCGGAGAAGACGAUUGUGGUGGAGGACGCCAUUUCGCUGGCCAUCCGCACUGCGCCGAUUGGAUCUGUCGCCGCCAACCGUGCACUUGUCGCCCGUGCCCUCCUUUUCAAAGAGAAGCGGAGUGCCAACAUCGUGGCCGCACUCCAGGCCAUCGGCCCCGUCACUCCAUCGCUGCUCAACUCUGGUGUUAUCGAGCCUACCAAAGACUCCGAUGCUCUUGAUAAGGAACUCUCUGCCCUGAGCGUCAUGUCAGCGGAGCUCCGGGUCUCGCUGUCAUGUGCCAUGGCAAUUGCUCACCUCGAGAAGUUCACACCGCCAAACGAGCCUACCAGGUUCAUGUACGACCUCAUUCGACAAAUUCGCAUGAACACAGAGCACAUGGGGAUGCUGGGUUGCAUUGCUGCCUAUGAGCUUAUGGAACGGCUGUCUGGUCACGAGACCGCUGCUGAGGCAUGCGCCAGCACAUUGGAGAGCUUAGCUGGCACCCUGAGAAUCUGGGCCGGCAAAGCCACGUCGCUCGAAACCGACAUCAAGCAUGAGAUUGUUGAGCGGUGCUUGAUUGUGAGCCGUAGACUGGUGGGGAUCGAAAGCGACACCGACACUGGCUACGGAUCCAUGAGCGAGGGCGAUGAGGUUGAUGCCGUGACAUCACAUGGAGAGCUCAGCAAUACGUCUCAAGUGGCCGAAAUUUCGUCAUGA